AUGACCACCCAGCCCCCAGAAGAGGCUGAGGCCACUAACAACUCCCCCUAUGGCCCUCCCUGUGCCUGGCUGGACAACCAGGCUGACUACAGCCCUGAGGAGUACUUGGUAUUAGACCCCGUCCCUGACGAUGUCUUAGAGGAAACACGCCCGGAAGCCAACGCCCAGGAAGAAGAUGAAGACCAGGCCUCCCUGGAGGAGUCCACCUGCAAGGCCAAGCCAACCUCUGGGGACCAAAACCAGGGAGACGCUGGGGGCGGCCACAGCCAGGAGAACCUAGAAGAGACCACGGCGAUCUUGUCCACAAACCGGAACUUGUUCGUGGGUUUCCAGAACCCAGUGUGGGACAUGCUGGCUGAAAACACCCGGAAAAUAAGAAGCCGCACUCUGUCCCCCAACGGCUCCCAGACAGAGGACAAAGCCCCGGAGACGGAGGACAAAGCCCCAGAGAUGGAGGGCAAAGCUCCGGAGACGGAGGACAAAGCCCCGGAGAUGGAGGACAAAGCCCCAGAGAUGGAGGACAAAGCCCCGGAGACGGUGGACGUUCCUGAGGGCCUGGCAGAAGCAGAUCCAGCGACCCCAGAAGCGGAGGCCCCGUCGGUCCAGCCCUCCGGGGGUGCUGCUGACCCGUGCUCACCCCACACCAGCGGUUCGGAGAGCGGGGAGGACGCCAAGGCCUCCAACUCGGAAGUGGAGGCGUGCCCGCAGGAGCUCACGGCGGGGCCGCAGGAGGUCAUGGAGGGGCCGCAAGAGGUCAAGGAGGGGCCGCAAGAGGUCAAGGAGGGGCCGCAGGAGGUCACAGCAGGGCCACAGGUCACGGAGGGGCCGCAGGUCACGGCGGGGAAGGACAUAGUCAUUUUCACCAGGGACCUGCCGGCCUGGCCUUUCCCUCCGACCCCGACGUGCAGCGCCCCAUCCUCGCCAGGCCUGGAGCAGGCGUCCCGGGGGAGGCGACCCCUGAACCCCAGCAUGUACGGGACGGACGAGGAGAACAACUACAUGCGCUCCAUGACCAGCCUGCUGGGCGGCGGCGAGAGCAGCAUCAGCUCGCUGGCCGACAUCCUGGUGUGGUCCGACAGCUCGGUGGGCAUCGGCAUGGGCAUGGCCACGGCCCUGCUGGCCUCGGGGCGCAGCAACCCGGCCGACCUGCUGUACGGCGCGGGGCCCGGCCUGCGCACCAUGUCCAGCAUCCUGAGCAGCGCCAGCUCCGUCAUCUCCUCCGGCCUGGCCUCGGGGACCAGCCUGGCCGUGCGCUCGCUCACGCACGCGCUGGAGUCGGUGGAGCGCCGGACCGUGGAGGGCAUCCGCUCGGCCGUGCGCUUCCUGACCAAUCGCCUGACCCCGCGCUGGGCGCAGGCGGGGCCGGACGCUGACUGA